UUCCAUGGUAAAGCGUGAUCAGAAAAACUUUGGAAACAAACCCGAAAACGCUCAUCUAAGAAUAUAUGAAACAGUAGCUACUGUUUUACGACUGAUCGAUGAAAAAAGGGGAAGUAUUAAAAAUUUAAUAUAUUCCCAUGCGUCUAAGGUUAGAAAGACUGAAGUGAAGACAUUAUAUGCACUUGUUUAUGAAUCAUUGAGAUAUAAACAUGCACUAGCAUGCAUUGUAAAUAAAGUUAAAUUAUUUGAAAAGGAGAAGAAAUUUGACAUAUAUCUUGCUUGGGUUUUGGUUUAUGAUCUGUUACUUGGUUUGAAAAAAUUGCCUGGAAAUAGUGAACCUGUAAAUAUAAUUUUAAAAUAUGAGUCAAGAUUGAAAGAAGCAUUGGAAAAACAUUUAAAAGAAAAAUCUGCUGCAUCUGCUGAAGAAUUGGUGAAAGAUAUAUUUAAGCCUAGUAUGCUCCCACGUUAUGUUCGAGUAAACACAAUUUUGACAACAGUAGCUGAUGUUUUGCAAAAACUUGAAAACGAUGGUUACCAACAAGUAAAGUAUCAGAAAAAAUGUAUAACAUUAAACAAAUAUUAUGAUAUGAUAAGAAGUCUUGAAAGAAAGCAAUUUAUUCAAGAUAUUCAUUUCGGAGAUUUACUUGUUUUUGCUUACAGUGAGAACUUGGCAGUAAAUUCUUUGUAUAAAGAUAGUCAUAUUAUUUUACAAGAUAAGACAAGCUAUUUAGCUGCUAAAAUGCUCUCACCUCCACCAAAUAGUAUUGUUCUUGAUGGUUGUGCUGCUCCAGGAAUUAAAACAAUUCACCUUGCCACCUAUAUGAAAAAUACUGGAAAAUUAUAUGCUUGUGACAUUAAUUCUGAAAGAUUAACAGUUUUGAAAAAACUUGUAAGUUCAUCAGGAGUUAAAAACUGUAAACCUUAUCUUCAAAAUUUUACCGAGAUUGACCCAGAGAAUUCAAAAUUUUCUGAUGCCGAAUAUAUAUUACUAGAUCCAUCUUGCUCCGGUAGUGGAAUGGUUAACAGAAUGGACUAUAUAACGGAUGAUGAAUUGUCAAAAUCUAAGUCUAGGAUACAAAAAUUGUCAAGAUUUCAAGCAAAUUUGCUAAGAUGUGCAUUAAGUUUCCCAAAAGUAAAGAGAAUUGUAUAUUCCACCUGCUCUAUUAACCAUAUAGAAAAUGAAGAAGUUAUAAAAGAAUGUUUGAGUAAAUGCAACAAAAAUUUUCGUGUUGUCAAAGCUUUCCCAAUUUGGCCAAUACGUGGGAAUAAAAACUAUGAGUUUGGAAGGUUUUGUUUGAGAGCUUAUCCAGAGAAAAGUCUAACUAAUGGGUUUUUCAUAGCUGUGCUUGAAAGGGUAGAGAAUACUGAAGAUACUUUUGAUAAUACUGUAUCAGAUUCAGAAGAGAAAGAUGAACUUCAAAGUAUUGAACAAAAUCCAAAUAAAAACAGAAAACUAGAGACUGAAGAUACUUUUUCUAGUAAUAAUGAUGAUCAAACCUCCAUUAAAGAAUUUAAAGAAAUUAAAAGAAAUAAUUUGAUACAAAGUAUAGAUGAUAAAGAUGACAGUGAUUCAGAAGACGAAGAAAAGAAAUGUGAAAAAGUAACAAAAGUUGAAAGUUUUCAAGAAGUAAAUAGUGAUGAAAAUGAAGAUGUUGAUGAGGUUGAUGAUGAUGAAGAAACAAAGGAGGAGGAGGAUGAAGAAAAAGAUUACGAUGAUGAAAUUUAUUCUGAUAUUAAAAAGAUGCCAAAUUCUCUAAAAAGGAAAACAAACAUUGCUGAAAAGAAAACAACUGUUCCUAAAAAGAAAGCAAAAAUUACAUUUCAUAAGGUAAGCAAAAUCAACGACAAGGCUAAUAAUGUUGAUGAAGAAAGUGAUUAUUCUGGAGAUGAAAAGGAAGUAAUAAGACUUCCAAAAAGGAAAACAAUCACUUCUAAAAAGAAAGUUCCAGUUAUAUCUUAUAAAGAUAGCAAUAGUGAUGAUAAAGGUAACAGUGUUAAUGAAGAAAGUGAAUAUUAUUCUGAGGAUGAAAAAGUAAGUUCUCGAAAAAGGAAAAUAAUCACUCCUAGAGGAAAUGCUGCCACUCCUAAGAAGAGAAUUCCAAUUACAUCGUAUGAGAAUAGUAAAAUUGAUGAUGAGAUUAAUAGUGAUGAAGAAGAAAAUGAAAUAUAUUGUAGUAACAAAAAGAAAAUGCCCAGUUCUUUUAAAGAGAAAGGAAUCACCUCUAAAAAGAAAAUUCCAUUUAUAUUUUAUGAAGAAGACAAGAGUGAUGGUGAAUUUAGCAGUUUUGAUGAUGAAAACAAAGUUUCUUUGGACAGUAAAGAGAAAGCAACUUCUCUAAAAAAGAAAAAAGUCACAUUUAUAAAUAAGGAGCCAGUUAUAUUCGAAACGCCUAAAAAGAAGACAUCUAAAAAUAAAAAACGCAAAAACAGAAUACAAAUCACAAAAAAGAAAAAGUGCUUAAGAAGAAUAAAAAAUUAAAUACUUUUCUUGAAUGAAAAUUCUGAAAAAUAAAAUACAGAAAAUCAUUCACGGUGCAUGAUUCAGCCAGAACUAUUGCAUUCACAUCACUACUAAAUUAGUAUUUUUAAAAAUUAUUUAAAAAUGAAGACGGGACAGAUACUUUUUUAUAAACAUGUAAAGUUUAUAAUAUAAUUAUUCAUUACUAUUACAUUUCUUUAAGCAUGAAGUAUGCUUAUGUAUAAACAUUGCAUAUGCUUAUAUAUAAGCAUUGUGUUUUUAUCUGAAAAUAAAGCAUUGUUUUAUUUUUU